UUUUUAACAUUUACCAUACUAGUUUCCAGCGUUACUAAAAUGUUUGUUAUCGUUACAAGUUUCUGAUUUAUUUGUAUUCAUUUAACGCUGUUUAACUGAACUUGGAGAAUGAUCUCAGUCCAGUCUGGGACACAAUGGAAUGGAGUCAUCUCAGCGACUCUUCUCACUCGACUAAGAGGGAAAAGUUUCCGCAGCAAGUUCCUCCUGAAGAAGAACAGAAAAAGAUCUAAUGAAAAUGAAUAUCUUUCCUAUUUAGAUGAAGAAGUUAGUCCAACUCUAUCAGAAAGUAAAGAGAAUGCAAGGAGGCUAAUUAAAGCCAGGGAGGCUGGGAUGAGGUUUCACAAUCUUAUGAUGUCAUGGAAAUCAAUGUUUCUGGAGAGAUUUUCAUCAUUCCCAGGUACAGAUUAAAACAAUGGCCCCAGACCCUUCUCGGGAGCCCAGCGGUAGAGAGGUUCUACAGACCAGAGCUAGGAAUGUACUUCUUCGACAGAAACCGCUCCGUAUUCGAGUACAUUUGCAGGUUUUAUCAGAGUGACGAUGAUGUGGAGUUUCCACCUCAAUUCGAUGAUACGGUCCUUGAAAUGGAGCUAGAGUUCUUUAAGAUAGGCUGGUCGGAUUUGAACAAAAGUUUCAAGACGUCUGAUUUUGAAUACGUGGGAAGAAAGGAGAAAGCUUUCGCCUUCUUCAACGACCACAAAUCUUCUGUUUUUGCGUUUUGCUACAUGAUUUUUGAAUUCUUCGUUAUAGCACUGUCAGUCGUCGAUUUUAUAUUGGAGGAGGACGAGGCUUUCCAAAGCUUUUUGUCAGACCAGCCUAUUUUGUUAGAAAUACGCGAGAUCGGGGUCAUCCCGUUACUGGGUGUUUUAUUCUUUUCAGUUGACUUUAUAGCUCGAGCUAUAGUGACACUUGACCAGAGACAAUUCAUAAUGGACAUAACCACGUGGUUCGAUAUUUUAGCCCUUCUUCCUUAUUACCUUGAUCUGGCAUCGGUCCAAGAGGAAGGUCACAAAGAAAUUCAAGUGCUGAUGAUUCUAAAGAUCUUCAGAGUCGCACGAUGUUUGAAAAUUAUCAGAAGAUCGGAAAGGUUGCAGAUCAUACUGAAGAUUCUGGGAGGUUGCCGAUGGGAACUUCUCGUUAUGUUGUUCGUGUGGAUAGUGGGGGCACUGUUCGCUGGGAGUCUUGGUUACGUCACUGAAAAUGGUUUGUCUGAAAUGCUCUACAACAAAACAAAUCCCGAGUUUUCCUCCAUUCUAGAGUCCACCUGGUGGGCUCAAGUCACCAUGGCUAGUAUCGGUUAUGGGGACAUGUACCCCAAGUACGGCCCAGGAAAACUGAUGGCAACUAUCGUCAUCAUAGGGUCUACAAUCUUGACAGCCAUUCCCAUGACGUUUAUAGUUAGGAGGUUCAGUCUGGAGUACGAAAAGGUGGCGAUGAAAGAGCGACCCUGGAAGAUUCUGGGCUCUGAGGAGGUGAAGAUGAGCCGGAAUAGCGACCAUUUUCAGAAAAGAAGGUUCGAAGAAAAGUGUGGUGAGAAUGUGUGCUAUGCCGCCGUCCUGGCUUAUCGCAAGAAGAACGCAACUAAAGUUUGGCAAGAAACUUUAUUUACUGUCCUGUUGAGAGAAAGAGAGGCUGAAUUGAUAAACGAGUCAGAGGAAAACUUAGAAAGACUUGAAAAUGCUAACCAUUCACAUACUGGUCCUUGAGAACUGAUGCUCAAAAAGUUAUUCAAAGAGAAAACAGAGGGUGAAGUAAUAAACUAGCUUCUGAGAAGUUGUUCAGGGUUGCUGUAACCUAAAAUUAACACCGUAGUUAAACUAAUCAGAAUGUGGAUACCAAAACGCGUGGUAUUAUAAAUUAUUUGACUAUGUGCCAAUUACUAUGUGGCUUAUGCAAUUAUCGACAUACGGUCCAGCAUGUCUAACCUAAGUAAAGCACAGUAUUUAACAAGCUGCCAUGUUGUUGUAAUUUAAGCAAAUGUUAUUUUUGAUCACGUGACUAUGAUGACUGUUUAGUGUUUAUUAUCUCCAGUCCAAUCUGAUCAGCUGCACUCUCAUCUGACUCGGUAUGGUUUGUUGAUUUGUAUUGACUGUGUAUGUGUCUCCAUGUGUAUCGUGACAAAGAUGAGUAUCUAAUUUUCUGAUUGAAAUUCAACCGAACUGUGCCAAUCUACGGUAAUUAGAGCAAUCUUUGUAUCACUGAUCAGUGAUCAGACUGAUGUGGAUAUGCCCAGUGAGGUUGAACUGCGCAACUGAUUCAUGUAUUUUGGGUAUCUGUGUAAUUGUACGUACUGUUGCGCAAGUUGCUAAUGACUUCCGUCUAAUACUGUUUCUUAAUUCUCUCGAUGUGUAGUGUCUGUGUAGUGUGUACAUGGCUAUACUAAGUCGGACUUGUUCUUUGAUUCAGUAAUUUCAUCUACGCUUUCUAAACUAAAAGCAUAUUCAUAAUCAGUACAAUUCUUUGUUGGCCAUCAUGCAGGAAGCUUUGAGUUUGAAUUAGUGUUUAUUAAUAUUCAUUCCGAGAAUGUAAAUAUUAUUGAC